AUGACUGUUGAUCCUACUUUCGAGCAGGUGACUCAAAACGUCGAGCCUAACCAUGUCGAGGCUUCUCGCUCCCAUGACCCCAGCAACAACAUGAAACGAACCGACCCCUUCCAAUUCGGCUCCCGACACCUCGAAAAGGGCGACGAUGUUUUUGAAUUCAAUGCUUGGGACCACGUGGAGCCGGAUGAUGAGUUCAAGGCCUUCGCCCAGACCCAGUAUGCGAAGCAGCGCGAAACACGAGUGUCGGAUUUCGAUCGAAGGCGGUUCAACAGUGACCCAGCCAAGUGGUGGAACCUGUUCUACAAGAACAACACAGACAACUUCUUCAAAGACCGCAAGUGGCUGCGCCAAGAGUUCCCGAUCCUCGACGAGGUGACACAGAAGGACGCCGGCCCCAAGGUUGUUUUGGAGGUUGGCGCAGGCGCCGGAAACACUGCCUUCCCUUUGCUGGCGAACAACAAAAAUGAACAGUUCAAGCUCCACGCCUGUGAUUACUCCAAAUAUGCUGUGAAGGUCAUGCGCGAGAGUGAGCACUACAACGAGAAGUACAUGUCCGCUGAUGUCUGGGAUGUCGCCGGCGUGCCAAACGAGGAGGGCGACUCUCUCCCACCUGGCUUGACCGAAGGCUCGGUCGAUGUAGUUAUUAUGAUCUUCAUCUUCUCCGCUCUGGCUCCUGAUCAGUGGGACCACGCCAUUCGCAAUGUCUACCGGCUCUUGAAGCCAGGUGGUCGUGUGCUUUUCCGUGACUACGGCCGUGGCGACCUCGCCCAAGUGCGAUUCAAGAAAGGUCGUUAUAUGGCCGAGAACUUUUAUAUUCGGGGCGAUGGCACUCGCGUCUAUUUCUUCGAGAAGGACCAACUUGUCGACAUGUGGGGAACCUGGUCUGCUCAAGAUGGCUUGCAAAUUCCCCUUGGCUAUGAUGCCUCCACUGAUGCUCCCACUGAUGGAUCCGCAGAGGAGCCUCAGUCGGUACCGGAACAGUCUGAGGAGGCCAAGCAAUUGGCAAAGGACAAUGGAGCAUUCGAAGUGCUCAACAUGGGAGUUGACCGACGCUUGAUUGUCAACCGCGGCACCAAGCAAAAGAUGUACCGCUGCUGGAUGCAGGGCAACUUCCAGAAACGUGGUGGACCUAACACCGAGACUGCUACCAAAUCAACUCAAUGA